AUGGUGGGAGACAAGGCGAGAGGGGAGAUGAACGCUUUUCAGAGAAAUGAAUCCAAGGAAACUUUGUUCGCUUUUAUUUCUGCAGGAGAUGAUCCCCCCAAAGGAGAUUUCCCUGUUCAGAAAAAAUCCCCGAAACUCUGUGGUUCCAACUACCCUCUAAGCAUUGCCUUCAUCGUGGUGAACGAGUUCUGCGAGCGCUUCUCCUACUAUGGCAUGAAAGCUGUCCUGACCCUGUAUUUCUUAAGCUUCUUCCACUGGGAUGAGAAUCUCUCCACCGCUGUGUACCAUGCCUUUUCGGCACUCUGUUAUUUCACACCUGUCAUCGGAGCCAUCAUGGCAGACUCAUGGCUGGGGAAAUACAAGACGAUCAUCUACCUCUCCAUUGUGUAUGUGAUUGGCCAUCUGAUAAAGUCAGUCGGUGCAAUUCCAUCCCUAGGAAACCAGGUGGUUCAUGUGGUCCUGUCUAUGGUUGGUCUGUUUUUGAUCGCCCUUGGAACGGGAGGUAUCAAGCCCUGUGUCUCUGCAUUUGGUGGGGACCAGUUUGAAGAGGAACAUACCUCGGAGAGAAGCAAGUUUUUUUCCAUCUUCUAUUUAUCCAUUAACGCUGGAAGUUUGAUCUCCACGUUUGUAACUCCUGUAUUAAGAGGGGAUGUGAAAUGUUUUGGAGAGGAUUGUUAUGCGCUGGCUUUUGGUGUCCCAGCAGCACUGAUGGUGUUGGCGCUUGUUGUGUUCAUUGCUGGAAGUGGACUGUACAGAAAAACACCACCGCAAGGGAACGUCUUACUGGAAGUGUGCAAAUGCAUUGGCUUUGCUAUUAAAAACCGUCUGAAAAACCGCUCCCAUCAGAUUCCGAAGAGAGAUCACUGGCUGGACUGGGCGUCAGAAAAAUACCCGAAACAGCUGAUUGGGGAGAUUAAAAUGGUGACACGUGUUCUCUUCCUCUUCAUACCGCUGCCAAUGUUCUGGGCCCUGUUUGAUCAGCAGGGAUCCAGGUGGACUUUGCAAGCCACAAAAAUGAAUGCUGAUUUUGGAAUAUAUGUCCUUCAGCCUGACCAAAUGCAGUUCUUAAAUCCACUUCUUAUUCUUGUCUUCAUCCCAAUAUUUGACCUUGGGCUCUACCCCCUGGUAAACAUGUGCAAAUUUAAUUUCACACCUAUUAGGAAAAUGGCAACAGGUAUGAUCCUUGCAGGGUUGGCGUUUGGACUCGCAGCUGUUGUAGAAGUCAAAAUAAAUGAAACUGAUAUGCCUCGGCUUGUCCCAGAAGAAAGUUUAAUUCGGGUCCUGAAUUUGGCAAAGAACCCUGUUCAAGUGACAAUCCAAGACCAGGACCUAUUUCAGCAGCCUGUGGAGGCUUUUCAGAGCCCAGCUGAGUACUCAAAAUUAAUAUUGAAUGGAGAGCAACAGAGCCUUCGCUUCACCCUGCAACAUCAAGGAUUGUCUCUUGCUUUUAACUACACCAUGAAGGAAAAAUCAGUAUACAGCUUAAUUGUUUUUGAGGCAGAAGAAAGCCUAUCAAGCCACUUAAUUACAGACUUGGAAGCAAAGCCAGAAAAUGGUUUGGCAGCUGUUAGAUUCAUUAAUGGUUUGAGCCAAGACGUCAACCUCACCAUUGACAGCAAACAGUUCAUUGCUGUUCAGAAAAACUACAGCGCUUCUGAGUACUCGCUGCUAAAGAGGGACAAAUAUAAUAAUGGAAAAUGCAUAACUGAAAUGGGAGAAUUCACCCUGGAGCUAGGGCUGCUCGACUUCGGCGCAUCAUACACCAUUGUGAUAACUAACGUUUCUGGAGGUACUGUGAAGACAUGGAAGUCAGAAGACAUCAAAGCCAACAAUGUCCAUAUGGCUUGGCAGUUACCACAAUACUUAUUAAUAUCUGCUGGGGAGGUGAUGUUCUCCAUUACAGGUCUGGCCUUCUCCUAUUCUCAGUCUCCGGCCAGCAUGAAGUCGGUGCUGCAGGCAGGCUGGCUGCUCACAGUGGCUGUUGGGAAUACCCUUGUGCUCGUUGUUGCACAGGCUGCACCAAUGGCACAGUGGGCUGAAUUUGUCUUGUUCACUGUUCUCCUCUUUGCUGUGUGCAUUAUUUUCUCCAUCAUGGGAUAUUUCUAUGUCAGUGUGGAUCCAAAGGACCUAGAAGAAAAGGAAGAGAAGAGAGAGACCUCAAGCGGAGGGAACAUGAUUAGUCUUGUUACUCAGAAAACAAAGCUCUAA